AUGGGUAUGCUGGCUCAGAUUCUAAAGGAUAUGUAUAUUGAGCCUGAGCUCUUAGAAGAGCUUUCAGAGGAACAAAAACAAGUACUUUUUUGCUCUAUGCGUCAAGAACAAGUACGCAGAUACAAUGAGUGGAUCCAAACCUCUCCAGGGCCUGAUGAGGCUACUAAUAAAAGUGCAACCAAUCAAAAGUCCCUCCACGUUUCCUUCAACGUUGAUGCAAACGGCAAUGUGGUGCCUACCAUCAUUCCAAAUACAUUUGAAUCACCACCUUUAUCCGACCAUAGUGGCUCUUCUUCACCGUCUCUACCCUCUCCUCCCCUCCUAAGAAGCCACGCCUCCGAUCUCACACCUUCAGAGGCCCUUCUACGGCGAAGGCCGCCAACUUUUCCUCCUCCUGAAUCACCUACAGGCGUCAUUCUCUCUCGCUUCUCUAGUGAAAUGCGUACUCGCGUCUCACAAUUCGAGGAACCAGAUCGUCAAACCCCCAACUGGAAGGCGGUACGUCUGCGUGUAAGACGUCGAGAGGAGGAGCAUCGACGCGUUGUCGUCGCAGCACGCCGUAGCCUCCAUCUUGACGUCCAUGUCGGUGGAGGUGAGUGCGCACCCUCCAUCACCUCAGGCGUGUCCCCUGCGUUGCCCACCACCAACAUCAUGGGACGGGGCUUAUCUCGUAGCUCUGAGAAACCAUCCAUCACCGAUCUAGUGCAAGCCUGCGCCGCCAGUUCCCGAUAUGGCGUCACCUCCGCCUCAACCCUCCUAGAGGCCUCCCUCAUUGUCCGCCUCCCUCAAUCUAGCGGUGAUGACGAUGCCGCCUUGACCAACAACCGUUACGGCACAUUGGACCGUCUUCAAGCGACUUUCGGGUCGGCGGCCAUAAUGGAAUGGUUUCGGGAAUAUGAGGCGCCUUAUCUUCUGCGCAACACCUUUAAAGAUGGAGAUGUGCUGCAGAUUCCCACGUGGUUUCAUGGCCCUCUAAAGCGCCUUACCACUGAAGCACUGCUCCGCGGUCAACCAGACAACAGUUUCCUGGUCCGUAUCAGUGACUGUUUCCUCGGCUACAUCAUCUCUCACGUCGCCUCCAGUGGUGCCUGCACUCAUGUCUUCCUGCAUCUACUCAAGCCUCUCAAAACUGGUGCCGAGGAGAUCGGUACCCGGGAAGAGCGGGAGCUGCAGAAUAGUCGUGCUAAUGCGGAUCUACGGUUCUACCAUCUGCGGGGUCAGCGAAGCUUCUUCCGCCUGACGAUGCUCAAACCCCAUCUCAAUGACCACUCGAUUGUUGACGGGAAGGAGGGCAAGGAGGAGGGGAUGUACCUCCAGCAUGCCGUCGGUCAAUCACUCCCUCCCGUCGCCCCCACCCCUCCCUCCGCCGCCGUAUCUUCCAGUCCUCCGUUUGCUGACUACUUCGCUUUUCUCUUUCACCGUAACGAUGCAGAUGCUGUUACUGCCUUCUAA